UUUCAAAGGUUACAGAAGUUCCAGGCGUUUAUUAGCCCUUGACCCCAUUUCAGACAAACCCACACAAAUCAACCCAACCCUUCUUCAGGCCAACACUAAUGACGAUUCACAGGGCAGCAGCUCUCCCAAUCUGAUGCGGAAGACCCCUCUUGGGUUUCGACCCGAUUCGAAAACCAUGAAGCUCAGCCCCUACAACACCUUGCCGCCGAUCGCACGGUACCGCACCAAGAACCAGAUGUCGACUGUUUUUGAACCGGAGAGCUGGACGCUACCCCGCAAGGAUUUCGUGAACGGCCGAGAAUACAGCUCGGGAUAUCUCGGCAAAACCGAGGACCCGAAUUACCUGACCCGCCAGCAACAGCAGCAAUCAGUGGCGCCAGGGGUAGCAGUUGAAAGCCAACGACAGCAGCGGCAGCAGCUUUCUCCGGACAUUCAGCAUGAUGCAUUCACGGAGAGCAACACACAAACUGACCAUCCUCAGCAGAAUUUAGUGACCGUCAACACUAAUGUCAUGACCACCCCUGCUGCUUCGGUCAACAACAGUGCUAGCACCACUGAAGAUGGCCCCGCUCUCCACGUGCUUCAUGCGGCUCAUGCUGACCACAUCAGUGACCGGCAGUAUUUACUUGGAUUAUUACCAAAACUUCCAUAUCUACCGUCCGAACAGCUCCGGCUCAACGCGGACACGGAGAUAAAACUGAUGAAGAUGCUGCACGAUGAACUGGCCACCGUCCACCCAAACGUACUCAGGGAAAUCUACAUGAUGCUGUGUACGUUUGACCGCCGACUGACCGGCUGGUGCCGGCUCCAGGACAUCAGUUUCACACUGUCGAAAAAGAAGGUGACUGUUUCAACAGAGACUCUCAGACUUGUGGCAUCUUUAUUUGUGGCCAAAGACUGUCCAGGGUUGGUCAAUUAUGAGAAAAUACUCUCUCUGUUUGGUGCAGCGCUAAAGUUUGGACACAACAGCAAUGUUGUAAGAAACCACGUUGAAAAGAAUUCCAUUCUCAGCCAGUUACAACAACCGGAAGAUUCUCCACCGAAAUAUUUCAACAAUACUCUUGAAAAACCAAUUGAUCUUCCAAAAGGGGAAUCUCCAAUGCCCGACCAGGACAUUGCUAAAUUAAUCCGCGCCGUUGAACGAGAACUACGACAGGUCAGCUACAACAUAAAUUUUGACAAGCUGGCUUCCAGCUUCCAAACUGAAGACCGAAAUCACAGAGAGACCCUGUCGGCCGAUCAGAUUAAACGUGUUUGUUACCGAAAUACGAUUCCGGUCAGUGAGUCUCUGCUGGACGACAUUCUUUACCGAUGUUGUGAUGUUAGCAAUGGACAGUAUAGUUGGCACAAGUUCAUCUCGUUCCUAGAACGUGUUCAACCAAUCCACACCGGACUCAGGAUUCCUUCCAGCAAAAGGCCACUGGAGUAUGCUAAGAACUACCUGGCACCAUUACCAAACUGGCCAAAAGCUACACAGACACCUAGGGAUGUAACACAAAAGGUGUUGCCAACAAGAGAACAGCCUCUCUUAGCGGCCGGAUUACCAUCAAACAAACAACGAAAGGACGGAAACAGGGAAAGAAACACACCACAGCAUCAGAAAGACGAAGAUAAAUUACAGCUGAAAGAAGGGGAACAAGUGGCUAGGGGUUUGUCCCCUAAUUACGGUGAUAGGUGUACAGACCCCGUGAAAGCACAGACAGAUAUCGUUGCUGAUGAUGGAACUUGGUUUGACAGGUUUAUGAAACUGGCCAACAGACUUUAUGCUCAAGACUCGGACCAUGCAGGUUACCUCCCCCUCGACGAUGUCUGGAGCCUUGUCCACGCCUGCAACAGCAAAUACAACUUGGGGAUGCCAGAGCUGAAGAUUGAACACGCAAUAACUGAAUCACUGGACCACAACCAAGUCAACCUGCACAGCAUGUUGAAGCAGCUCGGAGGAAUAUUGGGUUGAGGGCCAAGGACCACCACCGCUGCUGCCACCCCUCGCAUCUGGGGGGGGGAGGAUUGGUGAGAGGGAGAGGAGUGAGGGGGAGGGCAGUGAGAUAAUGUGGUGUUAUUGUUGUUGUUGUUAUUGUUGAUGUUGACUUUUAAGAGUGAAUGACCCCUGGAGGGGAAGAAAAAGGAUUGAGUGCAUAAGUGUGUGUGCGCGUGCGUAUGUGUGAGCGACCAUAUAUAUAUAUAUAUAUAUAUGAGUGUAUGUAUGUGAGUAUAUGUAUGUAUGAGUGUGUGUGUGAGGGGAGUUUGUGUGUGCAUGUGGGUUUUCUAUGUGUGCAUGUGUGUGUGCUUGCAUGUAUGUGUGUGAAUGUUAGUGGGAUUGAGUGAGUGAAUGAGAUUAACUGAAUGUAUGAGUGGUGAGUGUUAGUACUGUGGUUGCUUGACCUGCUAGAAAUAGCAGGUAAAUUUUCUCAGUUCACAUCCUGGCACUCCAUAAUAAAAUAUUUCCAAUUCCUAAACGUUGCCCUUUUAUAAGAAAAAGGAAUAAAUAACAGUGGAGGAGGGUUAAGUCUGUUACACACGUGAGAAUGGAUGUUAUAUAUGUGUGUGUGUGUGUGUAUGUACAUAUGAUGUGUAUAUAUAUGCAUAUGUAUAUAUAUAUGCAUACGUGUGUGUACAUAUAUGCAUGUGUAUGUAAUGAUGUGUGUGUCUAUAUAUAUAUAUAUAUAUAUAUAUACACAGAUGGAAUGUGCAAAAGUCAUGGGUAUGCAACUGGUGAAUAGUCACAUAGAUAUAUUACCAUAAGUCAAGCUUCCUUCGGGAGCAAAUGCUGGCAAAACCGUUUGACAGUUUUCCGCCCUGAUGAAGGAAGUUAGACUUAUGGUAACAUAUCUAUGUCAGUAAAAUACCGAGGAAAUGUGCUGCUGGCUUUCUGAAACACGUGUAUAGUAAAGCAUAAAUGUACACACGCAUAUAGAUAUGUGUAUGCGUGUAUGUAUGUGUUUGUGUGUAAGUAUGUAUGUGUUUUAAUAAAAUUGUUCCCUUUUCAAUGACA